AGGUUUCAAGAAAUAUGUAAAAGCAUUUAAAAAAAAAAUUUACAUACUGCAACAUUAAUAAGAAGUUGUGUUUAAGCAAAAUUUCAACCAGGUGCCACUUGAGUUCUACCAUACAUGAUCUUCACAAAGAUCAUAUAUGGUAUGGAUGUUUAGAAGUGUUAAGUAGAUUGUGUUAUUGUUGUGUUUGUGUUAUUUGUUGUGAUGUAUGUAGCAGGUCUCCUGUAAAUGAAAGGAGUUUCAAAAGAUAAUUGCCUUGUUUUCAGAUUGUAUGCUCCAGUUACCAGUUGGUUCAGCACAUUCGUUUCAGACUUUCUUUGGAUACUUUCUUUCAGUCCACUCCAGACUGAAAGGCAGGAAUCAUUAUUACUUUAAAGUUAUUGCUGUUCUUCUUCCUCCUGGCGUAGUGUUAUAACGCCUGCCUGUAGGUUUUAGAGCAGAAAGCUGCUGGUCAUACAUUUGGUAAUCGGUUAAUCAAAAUUGUUUAAUUAGCAACACCUAAAAAUAUAAAAUUUUCUCCAUGACAUUAUCCAAGAAGAACUUGCAAAUGUAUGCAAAUAGGCUCAGUUACGAACUCUGUUUGGCCACAUUAAAUGUUUUGACUUGACUUUUUUACGCUCACUUGCCUGCGUGGGGGCGGCAGCAGGCAGAAACCGGUUAACGGAGAGGGGAAGCGAAGCGCUGCCUCCCUCCCACCUCCCUCCUCCCUGUGCGCACCGAGCUCCGCUCCUCUCUCCUACAUUAUUCAAACAUGGCGAAACUCAUUGCCAUUAUCCCACCUCAGUCACCGUCCUCCGCUUCAGCGCUAGCGUGACCAUCUUUACCGCCACCGCUGCCGUUAUCUCCGGCCCCGUGAUGACCCGGGAGGAUGGAGAAGUUGUCGGCGAGCCUGUCGGAGAUCACUUGGAGCCCCUUGGCGCUGCCGCUGGACGCGGUGGUCAGCAAGUACCGCCUGCCCACUCUGGUCCGCUUGGCCCACGGUGAAUGCGUGGAGGGUUUGUCGGAGGACGACGUGGUGCUGCUGCACUCCUGCCGUCAGUGGACCACUGUGACGGCCCACAGCUUGGAGGAGGGACAUUACGUCAUCGGGCCCAAGAUCGACAUCCCACUGCAGUACCAGGGGAAGUUCAAGUUGCUGGAUGAGGACCGCGACGUCCGGGAUCCGGUUCAGUAUUUCUCCAGUGUGGAGGAAGUUGCUGGAGUCUUCCCUGACCGGGUCUUUGUCAUGGAGACAAUCACUUUCAGCGUCAAGGUGGUUUCCGGGGAGUUCAGUGAGGACAGCGAGUCCUACAGCUUCACUCUGCAGGCUGGAGAUGAACUGUCACUGAUGGGGAAGGCCGAGCUUCUGUGUGCCACACCCCCGAAGGAAAAGACUGGACUGACCGCGCUCCUGAGACGCCUGGGAAAAACUCCAAGAAGUAAGACGCCCUGUCUGGUCUGUAUGAACCACCGCACCAACCAGAGUGUCAGCUUGCCCUUUGGCUGCCGCGGACGCUUCUGCACACGUUCCCCCUUGGAGCAAGGCAUGCUGGGAGGGGAGCACACAGUCCGCAGCAUCAUCGAGAGAGUCCGCCUCCCUGUGAACGUCUCGGUGCCUUCACGCCCACCACGGAACCCGUACGACCGCCACAGCGUGCGCGAGGGCCACCGCUACAAGCUGCUGAACAUCGUCAGCAAGACGGUGGUGCUCUGCUUGGUCCUCCGGCGGCAGGAAGUGUCUCCCUCGCACUUCCUGCUGCUGCGCUGCAUGCCUCGCUUUAACGUGGCCGAGGCCUCCGUCCACACGGCGGCGCUGGAGAGCCUGCUGCUGAGGCACGCCUUCGACCCAGAUGCCUACUCUCGGGCAGUUAGAGAGACCCGUCCGGAGCUUGAGUGCAUGACGGAGGAGUGCGUGAGCCCCCGGCGGUCGCGGCUCUGCGUGUCGGGUCAGGACUCGCUAGCACCGGCGCUCCAGCGGCUCUCCAUGUGCGGCUACAUGGGCGGGCUUUCUGAAAACUCCCUAGGGGCGAGGUUGGGUGAAGGACCCGGUGACGAAAGGGAGUAUGUGACUCCAGAUUGGACUGAGGACGAGUUGAGGACCAAUGAGGAAAUCCCUUAUGAAGAACUCUGGACCAAUCAGAACGUAGAGAGUUUGGGGAAAGAACCAAACCUCAUUUCCUUCCACACGUCUUCCUCAUUGGACGGAUCUCUUGGUACCGUGGUGACCAGAGUGUCUACCCCGCCACCUAUACCUCCAAAAUCUGAUGCUGUGAGGGAGGAGUGCCGCUACUUGCUCGCCCCUCCGGUGCCGCCUCGCUGCUCUAAAGAAGGCUCCAUCUCCAGUCCAGCCCCUAGCCCGCCGGUUCCACCUCGCUUCCCCAAAACCUCCACCUCCCCGAGGCCAAACCUCUCCUUCUACUCCUCCGGACUGCAGGACAGCUGCUCCCCCUCUCCAGACUCCACCCUUUACUGCUACCCUUGUUCCUGGGCCGACUGUCCCGCUCCUAACCCGGCCAGUCCGGACCCAGCCUCCGCCGCCCCUGCAGAAAACACAUCCAGCUCUCAGCCUGCGCAGGCCACCUGGGCGGAGCCCUGGGUGGAGUCCUACACAUCCCCCACACCCCGACUCCGGCCGCCGCCCCCACAGAGCCGAUUCGCACCGUUUGGCGCGCUGAACCCCUUCAACCGCCAGUCGCCUUGCCCCUCGCCCGAACCCAUGAUGAAUGAUUCCUCCAGAGGCGCGGAAGGCGGCGGGACAUCAUCGAGCGGCGCUGAUGGGUCCCCCUCUCCUCCUGACCCCACCUGGAGGCCGCCCAGUGACCUUUCUGCUCUGUCACUGGAGGAGGUGUCGGCGUGCCUGCGGUUCAUCGGCCUGCCGGAGGCGGCGGUGGCCGUCUUCCAGAGGGAGCGGAUCGACGGCAGCCUUUUGGUGCAGCUGACUGAAGACAUUCUGUCACACGACUUCCACCUGAGCCGCCUCCAUGUGACCAAAAUCACACAGUUCAUCCAAGGCUGGAGGCCCAAAAUCUAACCUACCACCCCGGUAAUGUGCCUGAUGGCGACUCAGUCAUCCUGAAUGUGCCUUCCACUGUGACCCACUGGCUGCUGAGCCCCUAAGGAAACCAUGCCCCCCUGUGGUUAAACUGCAGAACUGACUCUUCACUCUAACUGCAGAUUUGAAUUUUAUUUUUCUCUGAAUUUCAGACUGGAAGUAGUUUACUAACAUUGACUCCAGGUGAGAAUUGAACAGUCAAAUAUUCCCGCUUUAGUUUUUAUUUCAAUUUUCAACAGAACAGCCUUUAGACACCAGGAGGAGUUCAGUGGCCAUGAAACAAG